CAAGCAGCGAUGGCCUACUCCACUGCAACCAUUGCUCAGGGGUGUUUUGGGAAGAUCUACAAAGAGAAGUACGGCGACACCUGGGCUGCCAUCAAGAGGGUGCCGCAGCACAUGAUCAGCAGAAAAGAUCUGGAGCGGGAAUGUAACGUGUACAAAAAGUCAGCUCACCCCAACAUAGUGAAGCUGCUGGGCAACGUCAACCUGGUCGACGGAAAAUGGGUCAUUCCUCUGGAGUUUGUGUUUGGAGAAGACCUGGAGACGACCAUUUUUAAAGCAUCAAAUUCUAAGAUUACGCUGAGCCCAGCUACGAGAGGGAUCAUCAUCCGUGGCAUGUGUGAGGGACUUCUUCACCUCCACUCCAGAGAUAUUGUCCACCAGGACCUCAAGCCUGACAACAUCAUGGUGGAGCACAACACACACAGAGCCGUCAUCAUUGACCUGGGCUUGGCCAAGUUCUACAAAUACGGCCUCAGCUCUGCAGUGGACAUGGGGAACGAAGCCUACUCUGCUCCGGAGGUCUUGCAGAGACGGAGCCAGCGGGACCAGCGGUCGGACGUGUGGGCCAUGGGCAAGAUCAUUGCUGAGCUCUGCGUCAGGAUGCGACUCUUCACCCCGAGCGUCAACCCCAGCAAAAUCCAGCAGAUCAUGGGCAAUCAGCCGUACUGCCACAGUGUCUGCAGAAUGGUGGAUCCCAAUCCUUCUCUGAGGGCCUCCAUAGGAGGGGUUAUCAGUGAAAUCAGAGCCGCUGCAACUCCUCAACCAGACCAACUCAAGCCACCACUAGAGAAUGCUAGAAACCGCUCUCCAUCUCCAGGAGAAGCUGCAAGGAAUAGAGAUCCAUCACCUCACAGAAGAGCACACGUAGACCGUUCUCCUUCUCCUUUUAACAGAGAACCCAUCCACCGUUCUCCUUCUCCAUCUCCAUUCAACAGAGAACAGUUCCACCCUUCUCCAUCUCCAUUCCACAAAGAACCCAUCCAUCCUUCUCCAUCUCCAUUCCAUAAAGAUCCCAUCCACCGUCGUUCUCCAUCUCCAUUCCAUAAAGAUCCCAUCCACCGUCGUUCUCCAUCUCCAUUCCACAAAGAGCCCAUCCAUCCUUCCCCGUCUCCCUUCCAUAAAGAUCCCAUCCACCGUUCUCCAUCUCCAUUCAACAAAGAUCCAAAAGAUCCGUCUUUGAGGCAGACACAGUCCGACAAACAAGUUCCUGCAGGAAACAAAAUUCAGGAUCUGGUGCAUGUCGCCCAAAAAGACAUGACUUCCGACAUGCUGAAGAUGCAGUUGUACCAAGCGGCUGCCAAGGAUCUGCCGUGCAAACUUCCCCCCACUGGAAGGGUCAUGGUGCAGCGCUUUGAGGAAAUAAACGGAGAAUUUGAGACGUGGCAGCAGAAGGAGGUGGUGACACGCGAUGGGAAAAUAGUAAAGUACGAUGACAUCAAGUUUAACAGUAAAUAGCGUUUCAACCUUGAUGACCACUGGUCGAACUCUGUUGGUUUCACUGCAAUGCGUAAUGAAGAUAGCUCUUUAACCUGCGCUCUUUUUUUUAACCCUCUUUGAUGAACUCAACUGUGAAGGUGACACUGUAAGUAAACUCUGAAGCCUGCUUGGACCUGGUGGAUGUGUCACUUUAUUGCCUUAUCACACACUCUCAGAAAAAUCAUUUCAGCUAUUGGUGGUUUUGGGGCUGUGGGAGGAAACAAGAGCACAGAGGAAACUGCCUUGUGGUUGCUCCAAACCAAGAUCAAAAGUCGUGGUGCCAAGCAACACUUUCUGUUCUGUAUUUAAUAUGAUCCGAAACAGAAUAUAGUGUCAGUCAACAUAUGAAUUAUUGCAGAAUAAUAUUGCAUUUGACCCACCGACUCUGCCUCAUAACACAAUAAAACUUUUUUUGUUUUGAAACCACAGUUCCAGACCAGUCUCAACACUAUACUGUGAACUUUGUAUCAGUGAUGUGAAAAAUCAUUAAAUCUGAAGUUGACGUUCUGUCCUUCCUUACAACAUUCCUUCAGAGGGCUGUCCUUUGAUAUCGACACUCAAUAUUAACAGACAAAAUAAAAUAAACAGAAACGGUAACAAUAAAAAAUAGAAUGACCAGACUUCUAAAUAAAGAAAUCAACCUGCAUUGAACUGAUUCAACAAGCCAAAAUAUAAAUGGAUUACUACAAUAUCUCACAAUGUAGUCCGUCAUGCUCGCUUCACUGCUCU